CUAUGUUUAUCCUUGUUGUAGAGGUCAAAGUAGAGGAAUACUUUUCUUUCCAACUUGAUGACUUUCAACAAGCAGCAAUAGAGUCACUUAGAAGACGAGAGAAUGUACUUGUAGCUGCACCUACUGGUUCAGGUAAAACAGUUAUUGCAGAAGCAGCUAUAUAUUUGGCUUUGGCAGCUGGAAAAAGAAUUUUUUAUACCACACCUUUGAAAGCACUUUCCAAUCAAAAGUUUCGUGACUGUCAAAGAGUUUUUGGGGUUUCCAGAGUAGGACUACUUACAGGCGACGUGACUAUUCAAAGAGAUGCUGAUAUUUUGGUAUUAACUACAGAAAUAUAUCGUAAUAUGUUAUAUGCUGAUACGACAAGCAUAUCGGAUUCCGUCUUUGCAGUUGUAUUUGAUGAAUUUCAUUUUAUGAAUGAUCCGGAAAGAGGAACUGUUUGGGAAGAGGCAAUCAUUGCAAGUCCCAAAGAGGUUAUUCUGGUUGCAUUAUCAGCAACUAUGUCAAAUGCUGCUCAGUUGAAGGAUUGGUUAAGUAAUGUACACAGAAAAACUUCACUUCAUGAAACUCAUGUUCGACCUGUACCUCUUCAUUUUCAGUUUUGUAAUCACAAGGGUCUACAUGACUUGCUUCAUACGUCCAAAAAAGAUGAAAAUGCUUGUUCUGCAUUAUCAAAAACUUUGUUAUUUGACUACAAACAGCAUUAUCAGGUGGAUAAAAACAAACGGAGAAGAAAUCGUUCUACUUUGCGCUCAUUGCAAUCUCCUAGUGUUGGUUUUUUGGUUCGCAUUUUGUUUCGACGUAAAAUGUUGCCAUGUAUUCUAUUUGUAUUUAGUAGAGCGGGUUGUGAUAGAGCUGCAGAGGAACUUGGAGACAAGCUGAGGUCGCAUUUAGUAACCAAAAGAGAACAACAAGUAUUGCAGAGUAGAAUUUUUCAGUUUAUUGAUCAUUUUCCUGAAAUAGCUGCACAACAAGAAGAUCGUUUGAAGUUAUUGCAGUUAGGAAUUAGUGUUCAUCAUGCAGGAUUGCUUCCUGUUUGGAAGAACUUUGUAGAAGAAUUGUUUAUAGAGGGACUUAUUAAGGUGAUAUUUGCAACAGAGACUCUUGCAGCUGGUAUGAAUAUGCCAGCAAGAACAACGGUAAUCAGUGCACUGUUCAAACGUGGUGAUAAUGGAAUGGAGAGAUUAAGUACGAGUUCUUUUCAACAAAUGGCUGGAAGAGCUGGUCGUAGAGGAAAGGAUUCGCAAGGUUUCUGUGUCGUUUUGCAAUCUCCUGAUACUCAUCCUAAACAUGUCUUUCAGCUUGUAACUGGCAAUGUAGAGGCAAUUACUUCGAAAUUUUUGCCAACUUAUGGCUUGGUUCUUAAUCUAUUACAAGAUGGCAAAUCACCACAACAAGUGAAAGACUUUUUAGGCAAGUCAUUUGGUAACUUUCUAUUUGCAUAUGAAAGAAAAAGACAAGAACAAGAAAAGGAAAAUGAGUUGCAAAAAUACAAUAGUGCGAUGAAGACUUUGACAGAAAACAAUAUCGUACUGGAAGAAUGGAAAAGAUAUCGUAGAUUGCAACAAAAGCUGAAGAUGGAAAGAAGGACUUUGAGAUAUCUCACAAAGCAAUGGAUAGAAAUGCAACGUCAACUUGUCGAGGAAUGUUUGUUAUAUGCGAAUGUUGGAGUUGUGCUAUGGAUAGAUGACGAUAGCUCAUCAAAUAUUUUAGAGAACAUGCAUUAUGAACAGAACGAGACGAUGAUAGUUGAAGACGUUGACAAAGAGCGACAAGUUGCUUGGCUUUUGAAAUCCUAUCCAUUCAAAGAUAAUGAACUUUAUCUUUGUUUUACGGAAAGAAAUCAUUUUCGUGUCGUAACUUGUUCACAAAUCCUAGCUGUAUCACCAAAUGAUUCCCCUUUUGUUUUGCAACCUGAUAGGAUAGAAUAUCUUAUGGAAGAAUAUAACAAACAGAGACAGCAGGAUAAGGUGACUUGCGAUAAUACUUUUUGCAUUGGAACCGAAAGGACUGCAAGUAUGUUAGUCAACAUUCCCAAAGAAUGCUAUCUAUUAGAAAACAUGAAAGAAAGAGACCCAAAACUUUUAUCGCAAAGAAGGAAAGUAUUACAUAUCCUAACGCAAUUGGAACAAAGUCCAGUACAUCAUUUGAAGAAUCGCAAAGAACUAUUACGUUUGUAUGAUAAAGUAAACAAGUGGCUGAAGAAGAAAUCACCAGAAGAAUGCUAUGAUGACCAGAUGACAAAGUCUUGGGAUUAUGUGCAGUCUCUAUUGAAAACAUUGAAUACUUUGAGCUUUAUUGAAAAUAUUAGAUUCACAACAGAAGAGACUUGGUAUCGGGUGACAGCUCUUGGUAGAUUAUGUGUUGCUAUUCGAGGAGAAAAUGAAGUAUGGCUAUCUAUUGUGCUGGGCUAUCUAGGUGGGCAAGUACAAACCUAUGAACCACAUCAUUUGAUAGGAGUUGUCGCCACAGUAAUAGGUGAUCCUAUAAGAGAGGACGCAGUGAUCAAUUGGGAAGCUUCUUCCAUAACCUUGACAUUAUUAGAACAGUUACAAGUAUAUUAUGAUCAAGUUGUGAGUAUUCAAAAUCAACAUGGUAUUGUCUGCUUCACUCGUAUGGAACCUGGCUGGUCAGGUAUAGCAGAAACUUGGGCGAAAGAAGCCAAUUGGUCUAGACUGGUUUCAGGUACAAGUUUGGAUGAAGGUGAUAUUUGCAGAAAUCUCAGAAGAGUUUUGGAUAUUCUAAGACAGAUUCCACGACUUCCUGCAAAGCAAUGGCUUUCAUGAAUCAUUUUCCAGUUUGUGAUGAUAUUACAUAUUCUUU